AUGUCGCUGUCGCAGGAGGACCAGACGGCUGACAGGAGCAAGUCCCUGAGCCGGUCGCGCUCUGGAUGGAGGAUGAGUGCAAAUGGACUGAAUACACUGGUGCGGACCCUUUAUGCAUUACAGGAGGAGCGUGUUGAAGCUUAUCGGCUUUUUGAUCUAGGACAUCAGGCGUAUCUCCGCUCUGCUCCCAACUAUGACUUUAUCAAAUACCGGCAGCUGGUGCACGAAAUCACCCAGGCAUUUAACCGGAUCUCCAAGGAAGUGAUUCAGCUCAAGGACCGGUUUCACGAGGAGUAUGAUCGCCCAGAUCUCUCUGAGCACGUCGCGAGAGUUCAGGAACGGGAACGGGAAAAGCUAGAAUUGACAGCCAGGCUCCAACUUGCCAAGCAGAAUAUGUUGGACCAUCCAGGCAACGAGACCUACCAGGAGGAGGCCCGAGAACUGAAGCAGAGGAUUAGGAAGACCAUUGAGGCAAUUAAUGAGAUCCUUCAGGACUUCAAAUACGAUUCCGAGGAGAUCGAAGCCAGCGGAUAGAUUUGUUCUCACCAGUGUUGUUGAUCUGUUAGAGACCUCAACAUUAUUAAGGUCCCACAAACAGCAUCUCCUGAAGCUGGAGUUUCUGCUCUUCAUCACGUGCACUGUCACCAAAUCAGCCCCGAUAAUUCCUUGCUGCCUAGGUACAGGAAAGGAACAAAGAUCUUUGGAACAAUUUUACCUUUCUCCAGAGGAACCUGAUUCAUUCCACGCAUCCCAAGAUUCAGCAAGAACUCGGCGCAGACCCUAAGCAGUGAUGGAAUUACUGAAUGUCAUUUGCACUUCCUGUUGACUCACUGUGUAAACUGUUCAGAGAAAUAAAUGACUGUGCUUCUUGUCAACUA